ACAAUUGAGCGCUAGCGGUUAGCGGGAACGAACCAGUCGUUUGCAAGGCGUAAGGUCAGAUCUACUCAUACUAAAUGUCUCAUCUGUAGCCGAAGUUCAGACGAGCCAUAGUGCAUUACUUCGAUAAAUGAGCAGACGAUCCUUGCCCACCACUGCAACAUCUCAUCAUUCUUUGCUCUAUUUUUCCUUGGCCAUGGAGUACCCGGUAGACCCACAAGGGCAGCAAGAGAAUCGAUUCUCCGAUAUCGCGAAUUUGUGGGACCGGGCAGUUGGAGACGUUCUUGUUUGCUUUGCUGGCCUCUCAUUCGCAAAACAGCCACCUGUGGCUUCGUACCAUGAUCUGGAGCACGGCUCUCCGUUUGCUGAUCAGGAAUACGCCGGCGGAUUGCAGGCUUGUGUCAUCGUUCGUUAUCAUAAGAGCCCCAUCGGUAGGUCGAGCUCUCCCGAAGACUAUGCAGACUGCUGACCACGGUGAAGGAAUGUAUGAUGAGCUGCUUUGGAUUCCAGGGGCAUUCCGGCAUCCAGGCAAUGGGAAGCAGGCCUAUCGCUCUACGAGGGCGUACGUAUCAAAGCCGCUAGCUGUGCACAGUGGUAAGCCACCGUGAUGUGAUCUGGUGGCCGAACGGGACCCACUUAACCUGCAAUGUAACAUGAUACUGCGGCCAGGCUGAGGAG